GCCAUAGACAAAGCAGAGCUCUCAGCUUUUUUCAAAUUCAAUUAACCUGUGACGCUGGCCCGUUUUGGCGCGGUCCUGCGCUCUGAUUUUUCGCGCAAGCGUUGGUUUUAUCUGUCUGUUAACACGGGCGAACAUGCGCGCGCCGUGCUGUGCGCGAGGUCCACAUGACGUGAAAGAACAGGAUAUUCCUCCAGGACAGUUUGAGGGUUACUUCUGCACCUGAAUGCGAGCAGAGAGUGGGAACUCGACGAGAAAGAUCGCGCAGGUGUUCAGCAGCCCGAUCCUCGCGAAGAAUGUAACUUCUCACCUGCGCAUAAGAGGCUGCUGGCCUGUGAAUGGGACUGUGCUGUGGCCAACACUGCUUUCGGUACUUCAGUCAGGACUAUGUGCUGCCCAUGUGCCACUCUGAAUGCACUGGCCAGCUGUUUGCGAGAGCAGGGAGGGUGGGGCGGCCCACCGGGGGCGAGGUGGAAACAGGGCAAUGCCCCCUCCGUUCCGGAUCGCGGUGCUGGGAGCUCAGGGGGUGGGCAAGACGGCCAUUGUGCAGCGCUUUCUUCACGAUGACUACAGUGAGGUGGCGGUGUCCAGUAAGACACGGCGGAUGCAUCUUUCUGCCGCAGUGCUCGAUGGUCAUGUGCAUGACCUUCAGAUCACAGAUUAUCCAGCCAUCAGCAGCUUUCCUGUCAGCUCUCUACAGGAAUGGUCAGAUGUUUACUGUCGAGGCAUUCGGAGCGCUCAUGUCUACGUUCUGGUUUAUGACAUCUGCUGUUUCGACAGCUUUGAGUAUGUCAAGACCAUGCGGCAGCAGAUCUUAGAGACCAGACUCAAGGGCUCUGGAGAGACGCCCAUUCUGAUUGUCGGCAACAAGCGUGAUCUGCAGCGAGGUCGCGUCAUCCCUCGACACAGCGUAUCUGACUUAGUCCGAAAGAGCUGGAAGUGUGGAUAUGUGGAGUGCUCUGCCAAGUUCAACUGGCACAUUUUACUGUUGUUCAGAGAGGCUCUCCGCAGCGUGGGUUGUGCCCGCUGCAAGCACGUCCAUGCCACCAUCCGUUUCCAGCGGGCGCUCAGGAGAGAGAGAUGCGUCCUAAUGUGAGGUCACUGUUUCUCUUCUACAGAGCUCAUUCUAAAGCGGUUUAUGUCUAUGGACACUCUAUUAUUGUGUGGGCAGCUGGAACUUAACAUUUGGGAUUCUAACUAUGGACAGACAGAUGUGGUCUUAUAACAGGAAGUCCCUGUUGCUUCAUUACUUAAGCCUUCAAACUGAUGUCUCUGCUUUUGGCCUGGAAGAACACAACCAAUAUCUCUGCCUCUUAUCUUAGAAAUCCAAACUGCCAAAAGGCUGGUGGAAGACAACUAAAUUCAGCUUUAAUAUUACAUUAAUACACUUGCUUACGUUCAGGCCAGGACAGCACAGCACAUAGACGCUCCUCUAUGCUUAUGAGUUUAAGGAUCUUCCAGUUCCUGCAAGCAGAAGUGUUUCCCAGCUCAGGUGCCGCAUGCAGGCACUGAUUCUGCAAUACACCACACAACACAAAUUAUACAAAGAAUCUAUGUUCUAUGGAUACUUCUGUGUUUUUAAAGGGAUAGUUCAAUGACAAAUGGCAUAAUUUACUCACCUCUGUGUUGUUCCAAACCCGUCUGACUGUCUGUCAUUUGUGGAACACAAAAAGAUAAUGUACUUUUCGCUCUUUUCCAUGUAGUUAUAUACAAUGGGGAGCUUUCAAGCUUCAAAAGGGAUGCAAAAAAUGAUCCAUACUGCUCCAAUACAGUAGCUUUAUAUAGGAAUUUCAUGGGAAUUCACCAAAAAUCUUCCUCUUCAGUGAUCAUGAUGAUGUGAUAACCCUCUGCUGCAACCGGAAGUAGAUCUCAAACCAGGGUCCUCAAUAAAAUAAAAUGAAACUGUCCUACAUUUGAUCAUACGAUCAUUUCUCAAAUGUGCAUACGUGUGAUUCAGAGAAUGAAUGUACGCACAAAAAACAUGCAUACGCUUCUCUUUCAGAUGUUAAAUUUAUUAAUCGCAAAUAAUCUUGAAAUUGUGCACAGCUGAAUGCUUUCAGAUUUCAUCUUGUAAACGCAGCCUAAUUAAUGUCAUUAACAUAUAAUAAGCAGCAGUCUACGUCCAAAUCCUUUAUUUGAGAAUAUGUACCUCUGCGCACUUUUUGUGCAACACCGUUUUUAUGUACCUUACUGUACAGUUUCAAAGAGAAAUGUCUACUGAGUGAUGGUAAAACACUGGUUCAAUUCGUGAACCUUUUUUUAUGUUGAAAUAGCUAUGUAUUUCUGUGUUUUUAUUAUGUUGCUUCUGGUAUGUAUUGCGGCGGUUCAGAAUUCAAAUAACCGGGGACUGUCGCUAAAAGUUAAUGCUCUGUCGUGUUGGAAAUACACAAAACCCAACCCUAAACCUACCCGAUAGUGUUAACAAAUACAAAACUGAUAUAAAAACACAUUUGAUGAUGCAACCGUGCCAUUUCAACUUUCUUAUAUGCAGAUUUAAACUGCUUUGUUGAACCGUGGUUACACGGAAUUCGAACCGGAGUUCCUCACCUCUCAAGUACAUCUCCGUACUCCAUGAGCUACCGAACGAACCAACUGCCUCUGAAAACCCAUAGAUAUGAAGCUGGAUAUGUGCGAUGCUAACAUUCAAAAGCAUCCGUUUUCAAAUCUCCCAGCAUAUUAAUAUUGUUUUGAAGUCAUAACCUGAUUUUCUUCAAGUAAUUGUGCGAAAAUUUACUGCCUCUAGUGUUCAUUUAUUUUGGAAACUGCAGUGAUAUGUACUUAUUGGUACGUAUUUAGCGUCUCACUAAAAAGUGCACACAGGUACAUUUAUGCCAUGAGACCAGGUAGGCUUGGACACUGACAUGAUAAUAAUCAGUUCUCCACAGACCGUUUUUAUAGAUCUGAAAGUUGGUGUGGAUUUAAGCGUACACACCCUCUGAAAACAGUUUUGUGAAUCAGAUCAACCUAUUCAUUGAAAAGAUCUAAUAAAGGUUCAUUCAUAAUUCAGACAUUGCUACUUCCAAGAGCUUGGGCCUUGGGUAGAUGUAAAGUUUUUUAGUGAAUAACAACUUGAAUUUCAGGCUGUUUGAGAUACAAAGGUCUCAGAUGGCUUUAGAAGACGUGCAGUACACUCUUAAAAAUAAAGGUGCUUAAAAGGUUCUUCACAGCAGUGCCAUAGAAGAACCAUUUCUGGUUCCACAAAGAACCAUUAAGUCAAAGGUUCUUUAAAGAACCAUCUCUUUCUUA